UCCCGAGUCAAAUGUUACCAGUUCAACAUGGCUGACAUCCGACUCGCGAGUUCAUCUGUUCGGACAAAAAACAAGUUUCAGCCUUCAGUAGAGAACUUGGUUACUCCAGGAGAUGUUAUUACAUCAGACACAUGUUUCAUGAGAGGACAUGGCACCUACACAGCGGAUGACCGACUUCAUGCUUCAGUGGCUGGUGUUGUAGAGAGAGUGAAUAAGUUGAUCUGUGUACGUCCUUUGAAAACGAGGUAUAAUGGUGAAGUUGGAGAUGUUGUUGUUGGUCGAAUCAUUGAAGUAGGUCAACGGCGAUGGAAAGUGGAUACGCAUUCCAAAUUGGAUUCUAUUUUGAUGCUGUCUUCUGUAAAUUUACCUGGAGGAGAAUUGAGACGAAGGUCAGAAGAAGAUGAGAAGAUGAUGCGACAUUACUUAAAAGAGAAUGAUCUCAUCAGUGCUGAAGUACAUUCAGUGUUCUCUGAUGGGUCCUUGUCUUUACAUACUCGCAGUCUCAAGUAUGGCAAGCUGAGUCAAGGUUCAUUAGUGACUGUAUCCCCAUCAUUGGUGAAGCGCCGAAAGACUCAUUUCCAUAAUUUACCAUGUGGUGUACACAUUAUUCUUGGAAACAAUGGUUACAUCUGGAUAGCCCCAAUCUCUCCGGAGGAGGAUGAAGAGUCUGGUGGAGGUUAUGAACAAAAUCUGUCUCCAGUUUCCUGUGGUGACCGAGAGGUGAUUGCUCGCAUGAGGAACUGUAUCCUGGCUCUCAGCCAUCACAAGAUGAUGUUGUUUGAUACCAGCAUAUUGUAUACCUAUGACAAUUCCCUGAAAUUCUCAUGUAAAGACAUCUUGAAACCAGAAAUAAUGAAUGAGAUUGUUGAGAUGACACGGUUAAGGCUUGAACAAGAAACUCUUUGAUUAGCAGAAUAUCACCUAUCGUUCAGGCCAUCGAUCUACAAUCUUCAUUGAUCUUACUGGAGGCUGCUUCAAAAGCAAUGGUGAAGAACAUGACUAUUCCUUUGAUUUCCACUUUCUGGCCAUGGGUUUGCUUGUUCCAGCUGCUCAACAAUCACAAUCAGAUUUUCACCCAAUACUUUCAACUCCUAUUUAGUUGUGUUCUUUUUUUUUUUUAAUUUAUAUUUAGUUCUUCUAUCUACAUGUUACCUACCAUGUCAUCUCUGUCUGCUCCAUCCUUCAUAUAUACAGUUGACAAAUUAUGUCUGGUGACCUUCAGCAGCAGUCAAUAUCAUCAUCACAUUCAUAAAGUUUCCUUAAUUUCUCUUGUGUCAUCUCAUCUUUUAUCUCAAAAUCCUCCUCUCAUACCACUACCACCAUUACCAUCACUGCCAUUACAGUCACCAUUACAAGCUUAGCAAUCAUUUUCAUCUUUCUCUUUACACUGCUGUCUAUCUGAGAUAGUAGCUUAGUCAGAGGUCAGUAGUGUGGAUUAUCUCAACUCUAAACAUUCUGUUUCAUGGGUGAACAUACGCAUGGUCACUCUACCUACUAGAAAUAGCAGCAAAUCUCUCAAGUCUUACAAAAAGGACAUUUUGAAUAAUAUGAGUGGUUGGCGUUAGGAAGGGCAUCCAGCUGUAGAAACUCUGCCAAAUCAGAUUGGAGCCUGGUGUAGCCUUCGGGUUCCACCAGUCCUCAGUCAAAUCGUCCAACCCAUGCUAGCAUGGAAAGCAGACGUUAAACGAUGAUGAUGAUGAUGAUGAUGAUCCUAGCUGUAUCUGGGGAAAUAAAAGACUUGAAUUAUCAUGGUUGGAAUGCUUUUUGCUUGAGACUGACCUGGGGAUAAACAACAUCAACGAUAACAUCUUGUUUUAUAUCAGAAUAUAUUGUCUCUUCCUUAAUAAGAGUGACCCCAGAGAUCUCAGUUCCAUAAUGUAGUAUUGUUAUUGUCAUAUAAAGUAAGACUUGUUCCGUAUAAAAACUUACCUCAACUAAUUGAACCAAGGAGGUUGGUAUCUCUUCAGCAGACUGACACCAUAGACAAAGAAAUUCAGUCUCAAAUAGUCCCUGACAGCUCUGACUGCAAGGGAGUCAUUCAAAUGGCAGGGAGAGGUGUAUGUCUCUGGCUGAUGCUUGAAUAAUACUUGGUCUAAAUUUUAUCUUGUGAUCUUGGGAGGUCAUCAAAAAUGGCAAAAAAUAAAUAUAUAUAAAUAAAACAAAUGAUCUGGUGGAAGGGUUAAGAAAUUCCAUUUCAAUUAAUUCUCAUAAUCAGACAUUCCUCAUCAUCUCUUAUAGACAUAGAGGAAAACACGCACACACAAACACAAACAGAACCAAGGAACUUAAUGACAUUAAAGAAAUCUGGUACCACAAACAUUCUGUCCAAUGUAGAAUUUAAAACAAAAUGCAGUUAUUUGAUGUUAUUAAUUAAUUUUUUUUUUCAUUUAAACAUUGUAUUGUUUUUUUUACAUACAGUUUCAAAAAAGA